GAACCACGCAAAGCUGCCGCCCCACCCCCCACGCCUCCCGGCUCGGGAAGGGAGGCUCGGCGUGGGCUUCGGCGCGGGUCCGGGCCGGCCUAGACUAGCUGAGGCCGGGGGAGCGCGAGUGCGCGUCGGACCCCGGGCGACCGCGCGGUCAUGGCCGACUACUGGAAAUCACAACCAAAGAAAUUCUGUGAUUACUGCAAGUGCUGGAUAGCAGACAAUAGGCCUAGUAUCGAAUUUCAUGAAAGAGGAAAGAAUCAUAAGGAAAAUGUGGCAAAAAGGAUCAGCGAGAUUAAACAGAAAAGCCUGGAUAAGGCAAAAGAAGAAGAAAAAGCAUCAAAGGAGUUUGCUGCAAUGGAGGCAGCUGCCCUGAAAGCAUACCAGGAGGAUUUGAAAAGACUGGGCUUAGAAUCAGAAAUUCCAGAGCCAAGCAUAUCACCAGUAACCAGCACUACCCCACCCAUCUCUUCAUCAAAUCAACAGAAAGAAAAGAAGAAGAAAAAGAAGAAGAAAGACCCUCCAAAGGGUAGAUGGGUAGAAGGUAUAACUUCUGAGGGUUACCAUUACUAUUAUGAUCUCAUCACAGGAGCCUCUCAGUGGGAGAAGCCAGAAGGAUUUGAAGGAAACUUAAAAAAGGCAGCAACAAAGGCCAUUUGGGUAGAAGGUUUAAGUGAAGAUGGUUAUACCUAUUACUACAAUACAGAGACAGGAGAAUCCAAAUGGGAAAAACCUGAUGACUUUAUUCCACAUGCUGGUGAUGUGCUUUCUAGUACAGUCGAUGAAAAGUCGGUCAACUCCCUAGAAGAAUCCAAAUCCUCAGCUUCACAUAAUGACUCCACUGGAGAACAAGAAGCCGAAGGAGAGAUCCCAACAGAAAGAGAAAAGCUAAAAAUAACAUUUAAGGAAAAAAAUAAAAGCAGUGACAAAAGAACAGAGCCAGAAACAAAGAAAGAAAAAACUACCCCCAAACAGAAUUCAAGUCCAAAGGAAGAAAAAUCCAAACCUCCUAAAAAACCAAACCCAUAUGGAGAAUGGCAAGAAAUUAAACAAGAGGUUGAAUCUCAUGAGGAGGUAGAUUUAGAACUUCCAAGCACUGAAAAUGAAUAUGUAUCAACUUCAGAAGCUGAUGUUGUGGAACCCAAAGUAGUAUUUAAAGAGAAAACAGUUACUUCACUUGGAGUUGCAGCAGAUGGAGUAGCCCCAGUCUUCAAAAAGAGAAAAUUAGAAAAUGGAAAAUCUAGAAACUUAAGGCAGAGAGGUGAUGAUGAUCAGUAGUUCUAAAGGCUAAAACCUCAAAGUUUCUCUCUGUGUUUACUUCUAAAAACUUGGAUGCUAAAAAUUUAGAUUUGUUCUAAAUGUAUUUUUUGUGGAUUAAAAUAAAUCUUUUUUUCAUGUGAAA